AAUUUUGAAUUGAGCGAGGUUUCAAAGUUCAAAACUAUCACAACUAGUCUUGAUCAAUUCUAUAUAAGAUCUGUGAUCUUGGUUGAAGAAAAGAAUCGUCGUAGGUUGAUAUUUAACAAGGAAUGGCAAAGGAAGGGGGCUUGGGAGAGAACUCAAGAUGGAGUCUUGGAGGCAUGACCGCUCUUGUCACUGGUGGCUCUAAAGGCAUCGGGGAAGCUGUGGUGGAGGAACUAGCCAUGUUGGGAGCAAAAGUCCACACGUGUGCCAGAGACGAAACUCAGCUUCAAGAACGCUUACGUGAAUGGCAAGCAAAAGGGUUUCAGGUCACCACUUCUGUCUGCGACGUCUCUUCUCGUGACCAACGAGUGAAACUCAUGGAAACUGUUUCCUCUCUCUACCAAGGAAAACUCAACAUCCUCGUCAACAAUGUGGGAACGUCAAUAUUCAAGCCGACCACAGAGUAUACAGCAGAAGAUUUCUCUUUUGUAAUGGCUACAAAUCUCGAGUCAGCUUUCCAUCUCUCACAGCUUGCCCACCCAUUGUUAAAAGCCUCUGGCUCAGGGAGCAUCGUGCUCAUAUCCUCUGCUGCUGGAGUCGUGCAUGUCAAUGUUGGAUCCAUCUAUGGAGCAACCAAAGGAGCCAUGAAUCAGCUGGCUAGAAACUUAGCUUGCGAAUGGGCGAGCGACAACAUAAGGACGAACUCUGUUUGUCCUUGGUAUAUCACAACUCCUUUAAGUAACGAUGUAAGGCCAAAGUUUAUAUUUCUCCUUCGUACUAUGAAAAACAAAAAAAAUACGUAAAUAUGACUUCGGGCUUUAAUUUAUGUGUGAAAAUCUCUUAGUUUUUCGAUGAAGAGUUUAAGAAAGAAGCGGUGCGUACGACACCAAUGGGGCGUGUUGGAGAAGCAAAUGAAGUCUCACCGCUUGUGGCAUUUCUUUGUCUUCCUUCAGCUUCUUAUAUUACUGGUCAGACCAUUUGCGUUGACGGCGGUGCCACUGUUAACGGUUUUUCCUUCAAGACUAUGCCAUAAAACACAUAUGCAUGUGUUUGGAUCAUAUUUUCAAUAAUUUAAACUUACGGGUUAUAUACAUCGUCAAUAUGUAAUAAAUGUAAUUUAGAUGUGUCCACAUGUUCUGUUUCUAAGAGAUUCUUAGAUAUUUAUGCUUGCGUGGUGAACAAGAGUUCACUCUCCGGAUGGACCGCAUCCAUAAUCUAUGAAUUUGGGAAUUAUAUUACCAAUUUGACGGCAGACUAGUUGGCCAAACUUAACUCUUGGUUCUUUCCGGUUAUAUAUGUUUGCAGUGUCUAAUAUUUCUCAAUAAAACUUUCAAAGAUGACGACAAAAAGUGUCUUUCUAUGAUUCU